AUGGAAGACGGUGAUAAGGAUACGUUAGAUACUCCUAGGGAUGUGAGAUUACUUCACUUGCUUCUUGCUUCUCAGUCUGUGUUGCAAUACGAAGACAAAGUGCCGUUACAGUUGAUGGAUUUCGCUCAUAGAUAUACCAAAGGUGUUUUGAAAGAUGCUAUUGCUUAUAGAGAGUACGUAGGAGGGUCUGCUUCGGAUGUUUCGAUAGAAGAUAUACGGUUAGCGAUCGGAGCUCGCACACAGUACCAAUUCAAGCCUACUGCUCCAAAGGAACUCAUGUUACAGCUUGCGGCAGAGAGAAACAAGAAACCGUUGCCCAACGUUGUGUCAUCUUGGGGUGUGCGUUUGCCUCCAGAAAAGUACUGUCUCACUGCCAAAGAAUGGUCGAUUGACGAGUAA